CAGCUACGUGCGACUGGCGGAACACAGAGCCAAUCAAAAGCCCGAACGACCCCCGUGGAGCUCUCCUUAAGAAUGCCUCCGCGGGGAUGUCUCGCGCACCAGCAGAUGGCGGUUUCCCACCACUAGCGCGAGACGCUGAAUGAAAGCACCGAGGAGCGCGCGAGCGAGUUGGACUUGAGGUGGAGCAGCAGAGCGGAGUCUGACCCGGUUGUAGGAACCGACACGCGGGCGGUAGAUAAAGCGCAGAAACACCGAGUUCCGGAGCCCGGGCUGUCUGUCCGACGGAGAAGGGGACGGGAAAGACGAACCCUUCUGGAUCACAGGUGCCGACCUCUCAUCAUGCAGCACUACGGGGUGAACGGCUACUCUCUGCACGCCAUGAACUCCCUGAGCGCCAUGUACAACCUGCACCAGCAGGCCGCUCAACAGGCGCAGCACGCGCCCGACUACCGGCCCUCCGUGCACGCGCUCACACUGGCCGAGAGACUAGCUGACAUCAUCUUGGAGGCUCGCUAUGGCUCCCAGCACCGCAAACAGCGCCGGAGCCGCACGGCUUUCACCGCCCAGCAGCUGGAGGCGCUGGAGAAGACCUUCCAGAAGACCCACUACCCCGACGUUGUGAUGAGGGAGCGGCUCGCCAUGUGCACCAACCUGCCUGAGGCCCGGGUGCAGGUGUGGUUCAAAAACCGCAGAGCAAAGUUCCGCAAGAAGCAGCGCAGCCUGCAGAAGGAGCAGCUUCAGAAGCAGAAGGAUGUGUCGGGAGAAGGAGGAAGCGAGAAGGAGGAAGUGCCUCCCUCAGCCACCAUCCUUCCUGACACCCAGCUCCCUCCUUCAUCCUCCUCCCCUUCCUCCUCUUCCUUGGAAACAGAGGUUCCUAUGGUCCGUCACGUUCCUCUGGACAUGGAGCUGAACGUGACCUCAGCGGAGCAUUCAGGCAGCGACUCGGCAACAGAGGACAAUGCCACCGACAAGGAAGACGAGGCUAACAGAGAGGAGAGGAAGUGUGAGACCCCAGGGGAUCCCUCCCCAGCUUGCAAAAGGCUCAGCCCCAAACCGGAUUCUCCGCUGGUCUCUCCAUCAGUAACGCCCUCCUCCUCCAGCAGCAGCAGCAACAGCCUGGCUAACACAGCUGCUCUCUCUCAGAGCCACUCUUACUCGUCCUCUCCCCUCAGCCUGUUUCGCCUGCAGGAGCAGUUCCGCCAGCACAUGGCUGCCACCAACAACCUGGUACCCUACCCGGCGGCUUUUGACCUCACCGCCCCAUCCUCGCUCCCUUACCUCGGAAUGAAUGUGAACAUGCCCCCUGCACCGCUGGGCUCCCUGCCCUGCCAGUCCUACUACCAGUCCCUGUCCCAUCAUGCCCAGCAGGUGUGGAACAGCCCGCUGCUGCAGGCCUCCACUGCAGGGGGACUCAGCAGCCACAACAGCAAAACCACCAGCAUCGAGAACCUGCGUCUGAGAGCCAAGCAGCACGCUGCCUCGCUGGGACUAGACACGCUGUCUAACUGAGACUGUGGAGGACAGUGUAUAUAGGGAGGGAGCCUCAACCUUCACGACACCUUUACAUCAUGCUAUAUGUCUUUGUGAUGGUCAUGAUUUUCCAGCACCCAGGGAUGAACAGAUGUAGGACAGAUGUGAACAGGACAACGCCUGCCAAGAGGGUUUGGACCUAGAUAUAUCACACUUAGAGAGGUUUCAGGAUGUUUGAAUCAAGGUUCUGUUAAAAUAAUCUAAGCAGGUAAUAUAU